UCAACAGGCACGACAGUGGACACCGGGUCAUCAGGUAUCGGAUUGUCUGGCUCGACAGCGGGCAUCGGGUCACCAGGUAUGACAGCGGGCACUGGGUCACCAGGCAUCAGGUCAUUUGGCUUGCCAGCGGGCACCGCGUCAUCUGGCAAGGCAGUGGGCACCGGGUCACCAGGUAUGACAGCGGGCUCUGAGUCAAUUGGCACGCCAGCGGGCACUGGAUCAGGUACCGGAUCAUCUGGAUCAACAGCGGGCCUCGAGUCAACUGGCCUAAUAGGAUCGUCGGGCUGGAUCAGUUCAUCAUGCUGAGUAGCGGCAUCAGGCUGAAUGCAGGCAUCAGGCUGAGUAGAGGCUUCAGGCUGAGUAGAGGCUUCAGGCUGAGUAGAGGCUUCAGGCUGAGUAGAGGCUUCAGGCUGAGUCACGGAAGGCAGGUUCACCGGUUUGGAUACUGGCAGGAAGGUAUUGGACUGCAAGUAAACGCAGGUCUGCAAACGAAUGGAGCAG